AAAACCUGUCGUCCCAAAAAACGCAAAAAAAAACAGCAAAGAACUUUUACCAACUCUUCGACAAUUGCUUUCUGAUCUGAUAGGUAGGUCGUGACUACCUGUACCUAGGUAGUUACUACUUGUUAUAUGAGAAGUAGUUCUUUGCUGAUUUAGAUUUCGUCUGAUGGAUCUUGGUAUUUGAUGGCAUUAUUUGAUACCACAUGGACUUGACAACACCGCAGAAACAGAUCCGUUUCUACUCGCAGUAGGAAGAAGGGAAGAUCGCGGGGGGAGCCGCGGCCCGCGGCUCCCGAACAAGGCUACGAUAGCCCGCUCCACGGUAGUCCGUUUUCGGCCCGAUUUUAUUGACGAUUGAGGCCAGAUACACACUUCACACCUUGCGAACAUUGAUAUUGAACAUUACUACGCUGCUGUGGUUUUUUGCGGUAGCAGUGCAGUCGAGCUUUAUAGAACAUGAGUCUGUAAAGCACGUUAAAGUGUAAACGACAGGGUAACGAGGACGCGAGGACUUGUUGACUGUGGGCGUCGACAUAGUAGAUGAUCAUAACAGCCGAAAAAAAAGAAAAUUGAGAGAGGUAUUUUUGUUUUGCAUUGUUCUCUCUGAUUUGAUUCUAGCACACGGAGUAUCUCUUUGAUGAGGAAUUCUAGGUCAUCUUUACCAGAAAACUACUCAUAUUUCAGGACGAUAAAAACUAGCAAUAAAUUAAAUGUCAAUUAGAUUAAAAUGAUAACAUUAUCAUCAACAGGUCCUCUGUGCUGACGGUUGCACGUUGCGUCGACAGGUCCGCUUCCGGGUGCAACCAUGUUGUUCAGCUUCACGAGCAGCAUUGCUGCAAACGUGGCUCGCGAGUGGCGGCUGCAAGCAUUUAUCCUCGCCAUGCGAUGCGUGUUUCUAGCUGCAAUCCUUGUGCCUGGAGCAAGCGGGAUAGACGUGGCACAGCAGCGAAAAGUAGGGAUGUCAAUUGAAGAAGGCAUAGAGCAAGAGUGGGGAAGCGGGGUGCACCGCUGGCUUCCGAAUCCAUGGAAUGACGAAGAAAAACACGCUAUGGCAGAUCUGAACGAGCUUCUCCUUGGUCCCACCGGAAGUCAGCCUGUAACCUUCGACGGCGAGUCGGAUUUGAAAUCGCGGUGGCGUAUAUUCGGUGUUGAUUAAGGCUGUGCUAAGAAUGUAUCUUCGUGAAAAGUUUAAGGUUUAAGAUAAAUGCAUCCUCUUAUCGCUUAACAUUGAAGAUCGAUAUCCAUAUCGUGGACCCCUGUCAACUUGAAAGACACAAGCUCUAGGGUGCUAUCUAGCUUCAUUAGGAUGCGAAUGAUUUAAGUGAUUAUAUUUAUGAUGUUAUGCUCUAGGUGAAGCCUAAGAGUAUUUUUAACUGGGUUCUAAUUUGACCGGAAAGAAGAAGUGCCAGGCACGACGAGCGACAGGACCAUGCCACUAUGCGAGGAUUUGAGGAAAGUCGAAGUGAAUCUUGAAGAGCCUUCGCAGAGUCGUGCUUCAUACUUGGGGUCCGUUCUGCAGAAAGUGACCGGAAAAUCGCCAGCAAAACUCAAGAUUAUCAAUCACGGUGCCCAAGCAAAUGUCUACAAGGUUGAACUAGAAGAUCCAGAAGAGCGAAGAGGGAGCUUGUCAACUUCUCCUGGGAAAACUGCAUACGCGUUGCGGCAUACAGCAGUCAAGCUUCCGAAGCGAAACCCCUUGGAUUCGGGGGAUUUGAGUGCUGGGCACUUGAAUGCAAUCCUUGAGCGGAGUCCUCUUCGUGGUGCUGGUGACGACGAAGACGACACGUCCAACUUGAUUCGGCGAGAAUUGCAGGAGGCUUGUAUCAACUUCGACGUUUCGAAGCGUCAGAGUCGAACAGCAGAUCCGCGUGUUGUUCCUGUUCAUGAAAUGUGGAUUUUGAGGAGCACCGCUGACGACGGCGCGGUGUAUCUUCAUCUAGUUUACGUCAUGGACUUUUUUCAACGGGGAGACUUUCUAGCUGUUCUUCGAGAGCAGCAGAGGGGGGUACAAGUGGAGCGCGCGGCUGCUAAUCUACUCUUAAGGCUGCCACUAACUCAUCCCCAACCUGAUCCUCCAAGCACAUCUAAAGGAUAUAAGUACUUGAGAGAUUCGCAACGGAGAUUAAAUGUGGCGAGCUCUAACACUUGCGUUCUCCAACGAGGUUGUGGAGGACGUGCGAGGGCUUCAUCAGUUAGGCUACGCUCAUCGUGACAUCAAAGAGGAGAACUUCAUGUGCGAGAUGAAGAGGCAGAUACCGCAACGUGAGGAUCCUACGGGAAGGGGGCAGCGGGGCAGCAAUCCUGUUGAACAAGUUUCGGCGCCAGCUUCAGUUAAGUCGUCGCCGUCAACUCGACCCGACGUUUUCAGACGACUACGAGUUCGCUUGGCCGACUUCGGGGCUGCGCUCCCGGCGAAAAUGCACGUGGAGCCGGAGUCCGGAUUGGCCGGGACCGUCGCGUUUCUCGAUCCCGUUGCGGCUAUUGCUCUCGAUUAUAAGAGGUACCAGAAGGAGCAUCAGCCGAUUACUCUUAUGACCCGGGUUUGAUACGAGCCUAUUAUCCAAACAUCUUCUGCAGCGGGUCUUCCGCCUCUCCAGACAGUGCAAAUACAAAACAAGUGACAUCUCGAAGUGAGCGACUUGACAGCAGCUCAGGGCGAUAAGAUGUAAGCGCCCGACUAAUACUAUGUAUGUAUAGCUAAUUAUAUAUAGUUUCCAGGAGGAUCCCUCUAGCCCGCAUUGUUCUAUCUCCCUUUCCCCGUCUUCAUCACAUGCCAGCCGGGAUUAAGUUUAAGGUUGCUUAGUGCCUUGCGGUUUUGGAAAUGGCCAGGGUGGCUUUCCAAGGCUUUGGAGAAUGAUCCCUGGUGGACAACGGUCUUGAAAAAUGAAUCCCACAAGGGAGUGUUUCUCUCUGCUGUAUCCUUAACCUUCGCCAUGUCCGACGUUUGGUCUAUUGGGAUGAUGCUGUACAGCAUGGCUUUCCGGCUUUUUAGGAGACUGGGAAUUAGUACCAAGAUUCCGCGUUGGGUACUCCGGGCUCAGGAAUGGUUCCGUGACGAUAUUCGCGCGAAGAUGUCCAAGAAAGUCCGCUGGUGCAUAGCUGUGUUCCAGGGUUUCGAAGCGCCCGUUCAAGAUCGCCCGCCCAGACCUCCCGCCGUGAAGGACAGGCAAGUCAGCGCGUCAGACCCGCCACACAAGCAACGGGAAAAUCGCAUGAUGUACACUACCGAGGAAUUUGUGCGACGAUUUUUGGAGGAAGUUGUUUUCGCACAUGCUCUGACAUGUGACCCGACAAAGCGCAGUCUGGACGAGCUCGCGUCGGCUCUGGAUAAGUUUGCGAAACGUGAAUUCAUUUUCGCCCGACGGGACGAAGACGCUGCUAAUUCGAAUGCGAGAGAAAAUGAGAUUCCUUUGACUCUUCUGCGUCACGGCGACACGCAUGCAGCAACGCUGGAACCUCGCCCCGGUGAAUCAGUGGACGAUCGAGAGAAGGAAAUUGCUGCUAUGCGCAUCGAUUUGAAUAGGCUGCUGCCUUCUGACAAGGACGUUAAGGAGAGCGACCAUACCCAGGAUUCUGUCUUGUCCGGCGAAGACCAGGACGACUCUACUGAGGAGGACUGCAUGUUGCUGCAAAGCCUGCCACAACUCCCGGAACUUCUUCUUUCUCUUACUUCCGCGUCGACGGAACAGAAGUCGCCCCGCUGGAACCAGGUGUCUUUUCCUUCGCAAGAUGAGUCACGGCCCGCCGAAACGCUGUGUACUUUUGCUUACGCCAGGGAUGCCAUCAGGUUUGAGCCGCUACGCCAACGCCUGGGGGCGGGGCAGCAAGGAGUUUCUAGCGUGUGGAAUGAGAUAGCUUCCAGCGAGGAGGCUAGCCUCACGGAGAUCGCUGGCGACAAGUUGAUCGAUUUCUCGCAAAUCUUUCCGAGCUUGGGGAGCGACGAUCAGAUAAAUGCUCUUGAGCAGGAGCCGCGAUUUUACAGCGUCACUGUUGGCAGCGGUACGAUUCUGCUUCGGCAUCAUGUGCGUGUCUCUUCUGGCCCAUCGAGAUCGGACAGCAAUGCUGCUGGAUCCCCGAGGCGUGUCGAAGUGAACGAUGGCGAAUUGCUGACGGCGUGUUCUCAUCUUGGCCUGUCCUCACAAUCGGCCCCGCACGUCUUGUCAGCCAGCGAAGUAUGGGCUGCUGAGAGCAAGCUCGUUCGAGGUAUUGGCGGGACAGGUGCCGCUCUUCACAUGGUGUACGUUUAUGCUUUUCCUGCUGGCAGAGCACUGGCUGCGAACUUCGGUGCUGCGUCGGCCUCUCCAAGAGCAAGUAGUGUUGGGAGCCUUCGACGGUCUCUGAGUAGGGGCGAACUCGAAGAUGCAUCAGUUUUGCGUGCAGAUCUCGCCGCAUGGUCUCACGACAUUGUUGAAAGCAGGCGGGAGCUUAGUAGAGCGGGAUUCGCACACCUCUGCAUGGCUCCACACAGCUUCCAAGUAGUCCACGCUACAGAAGUCGGAGGGGGAUCCGGUAUUGAGCGUGAUCACGUUGACCUGGAACUACGCGAGAGUCACGUUGGCUGUACGGAUGUAUCAGCGCGAACGCUGUUCGAACAGUAUCCACAACUAGAGCCACGCUACCUAGACCCGCGGUCGAUUUUGCCAAGAGCAAAGCCGCAGCACCCACGGGAUGUAGCCAACCAACAGCAGCCAGAGCAAAUAAAUGCAGGCAAUGUGCCGGCACUGCCAACCUGUGGGUCGUCGAAUACGUGGAUUCCGUGGACGGCGGGCAUCCUGCUAUACGAAAUGGGGGUGGAGCGCUUCAUGCAGGACCACAAGCAGAUCUUGGGCUCCGACGUAGCAGUACCAGAUUGGGUGAUCGACAUUCGGCACUGGGCGGACGUCGCAAAGGGCCACGCCGUCGACGACAAACCGGUCCAAUGGUGUCGCGCAGGCGUUCGGGGCGACGUGAAUAGCAAGUUUGCUCCGCCAAUUCCACCACUGCAGGUGACCGUGACGCAGAAAGAGCUAGCAAAUAUCGACGGAGAGGAUGAUGAAACAGGUCGUCGCCUCGCUGCAAGUCGACAAGUCCUUGCAUCUUUCUACAAGGAAGUAGUCUUUCCGCACGCUCUGACUUGCGAUGUCAACGAACGUGGUCUUGAUAGCCUUCUCGACAACAUCUUGAAGUUCGAGAAGCAACGUUCGGAGACCACUGAUGCGCCGCAGAGGAGCGACAUGUUGAAUCUGUCGGACAGUGGAAAGUCAAUCAAAACAGGCAUAGAGCAAAAGCGGGAAAUGUCGCCGGUCGGUACGGAGAAAGACCAUUUUAUGGACAAGGUUCCGCCUCUGGAAGAGCUUCUCCUUCGUCCUCCCGCACAAGCAAACGGUGACUCGCUGGAAAACGAUCCGGACUUCGCGGAGGAUUUGGUUGCAUCGCCGUGGCGUAUUUUUCGUCUUGAUUACGGCUGUAUGAAAAAUGUAUAUGUAAAUAUAUGCUAGUAGUAUAAAGUAGUAUAGGUUCGCAGUAGAUAUAAAGUAGCGAGGGUCCUUCUCUCUGGUUGUGGGUUUAUUUGGUGAACCGGUGCCCCAUAGCAAAUAAACCUGUGCACACAACCAGAGAGCUGAGCACUCACCGGAGGCGUUGCACAGGGCUCCGGCCUGCCUUUGAAGGUGAGACCUAUGGGGCUGACAGGACGACGAUAGCGCCGGCGCUUAGUUAGUUUUAGCAGUUAGCAGGACACUUUAGGAUACUUGUCGAUAGUUACCCUUUUCUCUUCUAUAUCUUCCUCUGGUCUGUCUUUUUUCUAGUUAGGUCGGCUCCACCACAAAAAAUAUAUGUAAAUAUAUGCUGGAAGAUUGCAAGAACAUUUUUGAAGAUUCAUAUCCCUGGGUGGUAGUAGUCUUUGUCUGCUUCAAGGACGCUGAAGAUGUUCGUCGUAGAUUGCAAAUAGUAAAAGAUCGAUAUUGUAUUGUUACGGGCUGCUCUAAUUCGGGAAGGAAAACGGCGAAAACGGCGACUCUUCUGUCAUGUGUCAGGAUUUGACAAAACUGAAAGUCAAACUCGACAAACCUAGUAAAAGGUCAUACCUGGGGUCCGUGUUGCGUCAAUUUAGUCCCAAGAAGCGUGUAAACGGCCAAUUGUAUCGCCAUUAUGCGGAGUCGACCAACAAGCCCCUCCGCCUCGUCGGAGGGGGCGCAUUUGCACGAACCUACGAGCUGUACCUAGAAGAUCUUCAGCGGGAGCGACGAGGGAGCUCUCCGUCUCGAACUCCAUGGCUUGGUGGUGAUUUCUACGUGCUCCGGCAUACAGCGAAGAAGCUCCGUAAGUCGGGAAAUGGGCAAGGGCCUAUCGAAGUCGAUGAAAGGGAGAUCGAGCACAUUCUUAGUGGGACACGUGAUACUCUGAUUCGCCAAGCAUUGCAGGAGGCUUGUAUCAGCUUGUUAAGGGGAGUAUUCUUUUAGUAUCCUGUGUUAUUAUCGUCCUGAGUGAGACCCUCUUUGAUUAAAAGGUCAAUUUAUAAGGCGAAAGAAAGCCAUUCACUUCAUUGCGAAUAAUGAGACACUACUUCUAAACUUCGACGUUUCGGAGCGGCAGCGCGGCGUAGGAGCGGAUGCACGUGUUGUUCCUGUUCAUGAAGUGUGGAUUGUGAAAAACCGCGCCACCGAUGGUGCGGAAUAUCUCCAUCUAGUUUACGUCCAGGAGUUUCUGCAGCUGGGGGACUAUUUGGAUCUCCAAAAAAGCGACUCCGAGCAAAACACGAUGGAGCGGAAAGAACUCCGUUUAGAAGAACGAAGCGUCUUCAAACACGGGGCCGGUGAACUACUCCUAUGGAUUCCACGACCAAUCCAUCCCAAUGCGAAUCCUUCAAGUAUAUCCAAGGGAUAUGCGUGAGCGACAUGUUGCAGGGAUGCAGCGUGGAGGCCUCUUCUAAUGUUCGCUUUUUCCAGCGAGAUCGUAGAAGGUGUGCGAGCGCUUCAUGAUCUCGGCUAUGCUCAUGAUAAUAUCAAAAGAGAGAACUUCAUGUGCGACACGAACCAGAGAAUUCAGCGAGACCAUGGUGGCGAGCAAGCACACGAUCGUCCUGAUUCAGGUGGAGAAAAGGCGCCGCCUUCAAGUUCUCCCGACCCAAGCACACACCGUCGGCUUCGCUUGACCGACUUGGGCAUGGCGCGUCCGGCAAAAAUGCAGUUCUCUGAGGCUGAGCCGGCUUCUGUUGCCCGUGGCACAGAGGAGUACAUCGAUCCCCUUGCGCUAAUUCAUAGAGCGGCAAAGGAUGCUGAAGCUGAUAAUGAUAUGAAGAGGGUUUCUAUAGAUUUUAGAACUUGUUACUUUUGCUACCGACACCACACGAGUAUGACCUAUAGUAUCUUCAUAGCUUCCCGAGGCUGGUACAGAUCCAACACGAAAGAAAACUCAAAGUAGGCAAUCCGAUUGUCCAGAAAGAUUUAUGUAUUUAUUAACUUGUUCUGAGUUUCUUUGUGGAAUUCACUUAAAUUGAGAGUCGGUCAACUAUCUUUUAGGACAAUUGCAAGUAGUUGGAUGCGCCGAUUUCGGUCUUGUAGUCCUAGAAAACCUUAUCGGUUUGUUAUCUCAAUCGUAGUACAUCCUAGGUCUUCGUGCAGCAAUGCAAAUGCAAAGCUGUCAUUCAUUUCAGGAAAUAGAUUGGAUUAUGCUAAUGCUUAAAUAGGGACACAAUGGAUUUGGACAAUACUUUAUCUUUUUCCGUCUAGUUUCUUGUUUGCAAUUUGUUCUUUCAUCACGCCGAACACCAAGAAGCAGCUCCGAAGACGGGACCAGAUCUCUCGCAUUUCUCACGUAACCUUCGUUCAGUCUGACGUGUGGUCUGUCGGGGUAAUGCUGUAUGAAAUGGCUGCUGAGUAUGUUCGACAACUAGGCAUGGGCAAUUUGCAGUGGGCAGAGGAUGCUGUAGAGUGGGUUGAGAUGCGCAUGGAGGACGCGAGGUACCCAAAACUACGAUGGUGUAGAGAGGAGCUACGACUAGUAGACAGUCUCGGAGGCAGUGAUGCGCCACCUCGACCUUCGGGGGAGAUGACAGAAAGAGAGGAUGUGGCCAACGCUUUUGUGGGACGAUUUCUCAACGACGUUGUUUUCAAACAUGCUCUGACGUGUGACCCGUCCCGUCGUAAUCUGGACAAACUUGCGGAGGCUCUGAAACAAUUCGCGUGGGAUGAACUGAAUCGAGCGCGGUAUCAGCAGACCGACCUGGUCGCCAAUUCGGGCGCGCUCCAAACUGCAACUCCGCUCCGGUGGGAGUACGCUCGUGCCGCAGUGUUGCCGACUGGCACAGUGAUAGAUGCAAGUGGUGAAAUCGAUUUGACCCGGCUGUUGCCGCGUACCAUCGACUUCACCGACGACCCGGUCAUGUGGCUGCAUCAUGUACCCGAUCUCGGUGUGCUGCUACCUACGCCUAAUCUCGAUCAUCCUGCGGUAUCAUCACAGCCGCUUCCCUGGAAGCGGGCGGUCUUUCCUCUAGAGGAUAUUGAAGGAGCUACACCGCGAUGCAGGUCCCAUUUGGACGUAAGUUCGAUCCGCCUGGAGCCGCUACAGUUGCGUGAGCAGGCUGCGUCUGGUUCUUCUAGUGCGAGGAGUCACAUAGCUCUGGAUCAAAGAGUCGCUUUUCGGAGGAUCAAAGAGGAGGAGUUGAGUAGCCUCGCGCAAAUCUAUCCGAGCAUGGGGGACAACCACCCGGAGGCCGAAGGUGAGACAUCGAUUUUCAUCAUGGAGGUGAAAGAGUUCGACGGCACCGCGAAGAAUGUUCUCUUUCGGCAUCAGGCCUGGAGGUGGCCGACAUCUGAGCGACUGCUCGACACGACGGGAGCCACCACCGAGCAUGUCCUCGACGGCGUGGGAAUUACGUAUGACGAUUUCAAGAAUGGUUUUCCUCUCUUCAACCAGCGAGCUGCGUGCAUUCACUCCGACAUGUCGGCACACGACGCCCCGCACGUCUUGUCAGCCUCCGAAAUCUGGCUCGCAAAGAGCAUGCCGCUGCCGUUUGGUGUAGAUGGCAGCGAUCCCACGAAAGUAGAAGUACAAGUUGCCUUUCACAUGGUAUUUGCAUACGUGAUUCCGACGAGUCAGCAGCUCACUGUGACCCGUCCUCUAGUGGUUUCGAACCGAGUCGAAGAUGCAUCAGCUUUGCGUGCAGAUCUCGCCGCAUGGUCUCGCGACAUUGUUGAGAGCACCCGGGAGCUGCAUAAAGCGGGAUACGCACACCUUCGCAUGGGUUCGGACAUCUUCCAAGCAGUGCGGGCUCCACAGGAAGGAAGCGGAUCUGACUCUGCGUUUGCUCUGCAGCUUGGUUACUUGGACUUGGCCUAUCCGGAUGAGUGUACGGAAGAUACGCAAAGGGAGUUCGCAACCUUCAGAGCCAUGGAGCCACGCUACGUAGACCCGCGGUUGGUUUUGUCAACAGCAAAUCUGAAGCACGCAGAACUUGCACAGCAUGAACUUGCAAUUGCGCCUGAUGCGGUAGUGCCUACCUGUGUGUUGUCGAAGACGUGGGCUCCGUGGACGGUGGGCAUGUUGCUAUACGAGAUGGGGCGAGAGCGCUUCGUGGACGGAAGAAAGCAGAUCUUGAUCCGUGGCGAUGACACCGACGUAGCAACACCAGAGUGGGUGACACGCAGUCGGGAGUGGACUUCAUCCAUAGAGAGUAACGAUGGAUCUCCGACACAAUCUCUAGGUCAAAGCGCUAUGGAUAGCCACGGCAAUCGGGUGGAAUGGUGUCGCUCAUGGAUGUCAGGAAACGAGGAGGCUAGCACGCGCUUUGCUCCGCCAAUACCACCAUUGGAGAUGGAUGGAGAACUAGAACAUGCACCCCUAAAAACAACAGAUCGCCUCGUUGAAAGUCAACGAGUUCUUGCAUCUUUCUACGAGCAAGUAGUCUUUCCGCACGCUCUGACUUGCGACGUCGACCAGCGUAGCCUCGAGAAGCUUAGUAACGCCAUUUCGAUCUUCGAGAAGCAGGCCCUUCUAGUUAUGAACAUUUUUUGCUUUCGAUUGUCGUCGACAAAUGUCGUAGGUGGGGUUUCGAUUUACAUCUCCAUAGAGGUUCCAAGGUGUAGUCUCUGAGACAAGGACGUUCGGAGAUUGACACUUUUUCUAAUUUUUUUCGAGAAGGCGCGACAGCUGCGGCGCCACAAUUCCCGCCGAGCUCGCCACCCGGAGGCGCCCCUCCGAGUUUGCCCGCAGGGCAGCCACCACUGUUGCUUGCAUCGAGCGAGGGUAGUCUUAGUCAAGUUAUGAAUAUUAUUCGCUUUCAAUUGUCGUUGACAAGUUUCGGAGGUGGGGUUUAGAUUUACAGCUCCAUGGAGAUUCCAAGUUUUAGUUCCCGAGACUAGGAUCAUACUCGGAGAUUGACACUUUUUCUAAUUUUUUUCCAGAAGGCAAGACAGCUGGGGCGCCGCAUUCAGCGAGUUCGCAUACGCAGAAGCAGACUCUUCGAGUUAUGGAGAUUAUUGGCUUUUGAAGGUCCUCGACAAGUGUCGCAUAUUGGCCUCUGAAGGUCUUCGACAAGUGUCGCAAGGAAGUGGGGGCUCGUUUCUUCACAACUUUGUCCUUAAGUAAGGCGAAAGAAUUUCUGACGCCAGGGCAUUCAGAGUUUCAUGUUAAUCGAGAGACAGUCAGUACUCACUUGUUCAUCAUGAGGGCUGCUACUGCUAGUAACGGAAGCCCGGACCCACCCAGUCGUCGCUUUGCGCCACCGAAGCGAGAGGGGCUGGCGCAGCAAUCGCUUCUCGAGUCGCCUGCGCAUUUUGUUAUGUUGGACUUGCAGCCUUGUCGUAGUAGGGUUUUCACACAUUAUACUAUGCGUGGUGAUUGUUGCCUCAAAUAGGAAGGUAACUAUCAUUAUGCAUUAUUACUUAGUCAGAAAUAACAAUAAGUGAUUGCCUCCAAGAUUAGUUCUGUUUAGAUUCCGAAUCCAAUAGCUUCAUUAGGAUAUGAAUGUGCUGUGCCUAUACGUGUAGUUAUGUUUAUGUUAUAUAACUUGUCUACUAACAUGUAUUUGUCCCUUUGUAUGAUUAUCUUCGUUGCUGUUUUUUCUAGAUGGGUAAUACGGUGCUAUCAGGUAAUAUAAUUUACAUCAAGAACAAAAGUACUGCUCUAACGCCAAGGUUGCAGAUAUGGAUGGAGGAGUAAACGAGGCCGUCAUCGAUGCGAGUGGCAUGCUGGAAAUUGGCGACUUACGGCGCCCGUCGUCGUUCAAGGCUCGCGAGCGCCGCAAUGGAAACACUCCCACUACCUCUGCAGUGGUUAUGGUCGCUGUAUAUUCGUCUCCCUCAGAAUCUUGGCGCCCUUUCGCCAUCAUGGAGCACAAGGACAAAGGAAGGCGCCAAGUCCUAGCAUACCCUGAUGAGAUCUCGCAUAGUUAGCAAGCUCAACUGGGGUGCGUUCUAGAACACUUUUCUGUAAUAGUCUAGCAUUCCUUCUCCGAAUGUGUUUUUCCUCUAAUGUGGUGAAGGAUUCAGAAACAGCCUUUGCGGGGGCUGGUGCUUCCUAACCUUGGAAAGAGGGAGUGGGUUCGAAGCUAGGGCUUCGAGCUUGAGGGGGGGGGCGCGGAGUCGUGAGUGUUCAUAACCCUCGUAAUGGGAGGAGUUAUGACAACGGGAGAAGUUAUAAUAUCGGGAGAAGUUGUUAGAAUAACGGAAGCAGAAGUUAUAAGUUAACGGGAGAAAUUAUAACGGGAGUAGAAGUUAUAACUUAAUAACGGGAGAAAUUAUUGCGGGAGUAAAAGUUAUGACUUACCGGUAGAAAUUAGAACCAUAACGAGAGAUGAAGAUGAAGUGACAACUUUUCGAACAAGAUAUAGGAGACAGUUUAGCACUAAUUCUAUUUGAUUGAUUCGUGAUAAUAUGUUGCCAACAUUAGAAGUAAUAGACCAGAGGUAGUUAGUAGGGACAUACAAUUGACAGCAUCGAAUUAGAUAACAGAGAAAGAAAUGUUCUGGCACAGAAAAUUAUGGCGACGAUGAUUCGGAAAGGACGACAGAAAGUUAACUUUAUUUGAGUUCAAAGCAAAGAACAGAAAAAGUGAAGUUUUGACGUGUACUAUGGAAGGACAGAAAUUAUAGACGAUGGCAUUUACGACGAAUGAAGAACUAGAACUACAACCUCGACUGAUGAGAUUGAACUUUUCAGAUAGACGAACUAAAAAAAGUCAAGUGUAAUGAAAUUGCAGACGGUUAUUUGAGAUAGCAAAAACUUGUACACAGAUCGAUCUACUAGUCAGGAGAUACAGCCAAGGAACAGAAUUAAGAUAUGAAGGCGUGGGAAUUAUGUUUCGCUACAGUCAAAGCUAACUUAGUCAAACUUGUGAAGACGCAGGGUCAUUAAUUGAAAUUAAAUCUGUACAUAUGUAUCGACGAACGAUUGCGAGACGAACUGAUGAUGUAGCGAUCUGGCCUCCCCUGCGCUCGUGCCUUGAAGGUAGGCGCAUAAGAGUGGGACGGUUGGCAGCCGGUGGAGGUUUAUAUAAGACUCGUAAUCCGCCUCCUUUGCCCCUAGGGUUCACCAUUUUAGAAUCGGCGGGUUCGUAGGCAAUUAGUGCGCUGUAUUAUAAGGAGGUAACCGGACUCCACCUGCCGUCGGUUUGCGAACCGGAUAAAGCUGAGGCCGCUCAUUUAGUAGCCUCGGGAUACAAAAAAAAAAAAGAUCUGGUUCGAGUGAGACCCUCUGAACUCUUGAACCCGACGAGGCAAAUUCUGUAUAUAGGAAGCAAUGCGCGGAGAAUGCACCCCCCCUCCCAAAAUAUGCCAACUGAGACCCUGAAGCUCCUUGUAUGGAUCAUAGUGAAGAAAGAAAAUGACUUCAUAUUACCCCUUGUACAAAUUGAUGAAAUAGAAAUUGCUUAUAAAUUCAGUAUUGAACAAACUUGCGAGUAGGAAACACACCAAGACGGAAGUUUAAAACUAUGUUACAACAGGAGAGUAAGAGAGAAGAUGUGUGAACCAAGGCAAUUAUCUUCAUAGACUAGAAGAGCGCAGAAGUACUUCCAUUUUUGCCUGGGCUUCAGGUUUUCCUGCACGAUAAGAGGAGAGACUGUAGAGUCAGUAGCAAGAAAAAGGUUCGCGUGAGAAUCUCUUGAAUUAUUUUGCUCCUGAUGUAUGAGCAACAAAGCGAGUGCCAAAAGGAAAAGACUUUCUUAUUCGCAGAAAGCUCCAAAAAGACGG